AUGGCAUAUGCGGUGGAGACGGUGGCUGACGCGUUUUGCAAAAGCAGUAAACAUGCACAGCUGCUCAGGGUGCAUUCUGAUUCGGGACACCGUCGUCACCACUUCUCCAACUCCGCCGGUAAUAGUAGUACUGAAACCUGUCAAUCUGUGCCUUUUCUGAUCAUGGCUGAAACAAUCAAUUCUGGUUUCAUGAGAUUCGAGUUGAAACUGGAUACCGGUACCCCCGGAUGGCAUAAGACCAUGACCAAAGUUUUGAACAAAAUCAAGGGAGUGUCUUACACCAUCGAUGCACAAGCCGGAAUUGCAUAUGUUUCGGGUACAAUUGAACCGAACAUGCUUCUCAAGUUAUUAGGAAAAUCAGGGAAGCAUGCAGAAUUGCUCAGAGUUGAUUCAGGAUAUAAGCAUCAGUUCUACGAAGCUAAACCUGUUGCUAAUUACACAAAUGGACAAGAUUAUGGGGCUUAUUACCAUAAUAAUCAUGAUUACGGAUAUUAUGGGCACAAUGGAAGCUAUGAAACAACGAUUCCCUACCAUCAUCAUCCUCAGCACUACCCUAAUUACUACGAUACACAGGCAACUGUGCCAGCGAUUAGAUUUCCGCAGCCUCCUCCGCCAAUGCAGGUCCACCCGUUUUAUGAUCCUGAUACCCAAUGCACCAUUAUGUGAUCAGCAUCGUAUAAUAUAUGUAUGCGUGUGUGUGUGUAUUAUAUGAUGCUCAUUACAUAAAAAUAAAUGGGCUAAAAGUUUUUGUUUUUCCUUCUCCAACGUUUGGGAGA